CAUAACUCUAAAUCAAACUAAGCAUCUCAAUUUCACCUGCAAAAAAACUUGACAACAAUCAGGGACGAUCUGUGAACACAGUAGAAGAAAAACAUAAAUUUAUCAGCAAUGGCGAGUCGUAUGGUAUUGUUGAUUGUUGUUGCAGCAACUGUUUUCCAAUGUGCAACUGCACAAACCUCACAUGUAGUCGGAGAUAGUCUAGGAUGGAUCAUCCCUGCAUCUCCAUCUGUUUACUCCGAUUGGGCUUCUAAACAAACAUUCAAAGUUGGCGAUUCCCUUGUGUUCAAUUUCGCCGUCGGAUUGCACACCGCUUAUGAAGUAUCCAAAGCAGAUUACGAUAGUUGUAACGCGGCUGCUGCCCCAAUUGGUUCACUAUUAGCCUCCAGUCCAGCAACAAUCCGUCUUGCAACAGCCGGAAACCAUUACUACCUUUGCACACUUGGUGGUCACUGUUCAGCUGGUCAGAAAUUGUCUAUCACUGUUGCCUCCGGUAGCGCCGCCGCCGCUCCAACUCCAGUUGCCGGAGAUACUCCUGCAGCAUCUCCUACUCCAGUUGCCUCUCCUGUCCCUUCACCAUCAACUAGUCCUGUUUCUGCUCCUGCAAUGAGUCCUGACAUGUCACCAUCACUCUCAAUUGCCGUGACACCAACAACCAGCCCAGCCCCAGCAUCAACCAGUACCGGCGGUCCCGGUGUCCUUGCUGAUUCACCAGCAGGCUCUGCCCCAGCAGCUGCUCCUCCUUCUAACUCUGCAAUCUCCGUUGCUGUUAGUGGUUUCUCAUUAGUUGCUUUGUUGUCUGCUUUUUUCAUGUAGAGACGGACAUUUUUCAAUUACUACUGGUGGGUUUUGUUUAUGCGUAAUUACAUAUUGUUGGUGGUUGAAGUGCUGAUUUUCAUCAGACUUGAGAGAUAUUAAUUACGAGCACAUGUAUUAUGAAUGUCAUUAUUGUUAAAUUAAUGUGAUUCAUUUGAAAUAGAUAUUGGGUUCUC